AUGUCCUUUUGGAUAUUUCGCAAAUUAAGAACUUAAGCUUGUGAGAAGCUUUCCUAAGGAUGUCUUUAAUAAGAUAAUCCUAACACCUGUUCUCAAUGUGAUACUAAUAAUGGAUUUAGAUUAACUUUAGAAAAGAAAUGCACUUUGUGUUAAUUACCUUGUUCCUUGUGUAAUCCUAAUAAAUUAACUUAAUGUUUUGUUUGUGAGGAAAGAGAAUUAACUGAUGAAAUUAUUGAAACAUAAUGUCCUCAAUAAUGUGAGAGAUGUUCUUAACCUGGAGAAUGCUUAGAAUGUAAAACCGGAUAUUAUUAAGAUUAAGCAAAAAUCCAUAAUAUUGAUGAAACUACUGAAAUAGAAUGCCCUAAUGAAUGUAAAAAAUGUUCUAAAUCUAAAAUAUGCUUAGAAUGUUAAGAUGGUUUUUAUGAUUAUUCGUUUGAUAAUCCAACUAUUUAAACUAUAUAAUGUCUUAGUUGUACUAUUAAAUUCAGUAAAUGUAGUUCUUGUACACCAAGUAUUUGCUUAAAAUGUUUUCCUGGAUAUGAAUAUUAUGAUUACGAAGAAAAAUGCAUUGAAGUUAAUAAAGAUGCUACUGAUUGCAAUCAAGGAUGUACUUUAUGUGGCUAUAAUAUGAUGAUUUUGAAAAAUUAUUACGAGUAUUAUGUAAAUGAUAUCUUAACUUAUAAAAAAUGA